UCUGACAUGACAUAAGUUGAAUAGGCUAGCUUACGUCCAAGUUUUGUCUUACUCGUCAUUUGGAGAUGAUUGAAGUGUCUGAAGGAUGGAAAUUACCUAGACUUUGAGUCUAUAAGAAUCUCUUUUUGUAAUGUACGGCGUCUAGCCGCUAUGGCGCACAAAACGCCUUUUAUCCAGCUACAUGCCGCUAUGGAAACGUCAUGAACCUCACAAGUGAGGAAAUUAUCGAACGAGCGCGCAGCUUUGGUCUAGAAUCGUUUCGUUCAUCAAAUGCUGGGCAAAACAGUCGUACUUGUGCUUGCAGGUAAAGGGAAAAGUGAGGCUUUCAGCUGUUACUGUUGUGUUUAGCCACAAUGUGUUAGAAAAAAAGGAGCAAAAAUUCAAGAAAACACAGGAGUUUGAUUGACAACUCUUUUAUUUAUUUUGCCUAGUUAGAAAUAGCCCGUGAUAGUUUGUAGUCACAUCAGAACAGCGAGUUACAAGUUUUUAAAUGCAACUGGUACUAUUCACAAGGCCUUCAAUUUAGUUAUUAUUGUCCCAUCGAGACACCAGUAUGUUUAGCUGUAGGGAAGUAUUAUAAUCAACGUACGCGCUCUUGUGUAAGGCGCAUAUGCGCGAUAUUAAUGUUUCACUAUCUGGUUUGCAGAAGGGUCGUAGAUUAACUGUGCUAAUAUGUCUGGAAAGGUGUGGAUUGUCUUGGUUUAAGCAAAAAUGAUUUUAGCCCAUAUAAAAGAUGAAUUCAAACGUCUUUGUGAAAUAACUGCCCCAAGGCCAAAAACAGAAAAAGAGUUGCACUGUAUUCAUUCAUCUGCUACUUUGGAAUGUAACCUUUCGAAGAAUAGGUAUUACGAUGUAUUGCCUAUAGAAGAAACAAGGAUCAGGCUGAAUAACUUGCCCGGAGUUCCAGGUUCUGAUUAUAUAAAUGCUAACAAGAUUGUAGAUACAACUGGAGUGAACUCGUAUAUUUGUGCACAGGCGCCGUUACUAUCUACGCUGCCUGAUUUUUGGCGAAUGGUUUGGGAGCAGGAUGCGUGUAUUGUGAUAACAUUGAUGAAACACGACGAACAUGGAAAAAUGAGAGGGGGUGGCGAGUAUUGGUUGAUGGUACAGAAGCCCCAGAAAUUUAGAGACAUAACAGUAAGUUUGAAGAAGAUCAAGUUUUACCCGCGGUUCGAGAAGGAUCGCAAUUUGCAAAAUCAGAUUGUAGUGAGGAUUUUUGAGCUAAAAAGGGCGAACAUUUGUCGAGUGUUGGUACAGAUACAUUAUGGAGGUUGGCCCGACUCAGGGGUGCCAGAAUCGACUCGUUCUAUAAGGGAUCUGAUUAGGUUGAUGGAAUUCUACCGAGAGAAGGGUCGCGAUGCAGGCAUGUUCGGCCCAGUGGUGGUCCAUUGCAGUGCUGGAAUUGGCAGGACUGGGACUUUUUUGGCGAUAGUGCUGAUGCUAGACCUAUUAAAAGGUAAUAAUGCAGGGAUAGUGUGUCGAAAAUUUGAAGACAAUAAUGACAAAUUGCUGAAUUGGGGCGAGGAAGAGUGUAAGGGUCAACCGAGCGAAACAAUGAGGCUCUAUGAAGAAUUAACCAUGAAUAUUAUGCAAUGCGUUUUAUCUCUUCGGAAGCAACGGAAUCGAGGUAUGGUACAAACAGAAGAACAAUAUGUGUUUAUCUAUAGAGCCAUAUGGGAUGCAUUGACGGAUCAAGACAGAAGCGGUUUUAUUUUAGAAUUUAUAGAAGAUGCCAAAGACGAUAUACUGAGUUCUUAUGAAGUCGAUCAUUCAAAUAAUUUUGAUCGAUAUAAUAUAGAUUGCAGUCGGCUAAAAGAACAUUUAGAAAAUUUGCAUAUUGGCUCAAAAAAUUUUAACUCUUCAUCUACAAUUUCGCUUUCUAGAUUUUCUAGAUUAACUCAAAGUGAAACACCUGGCAUAUUUCAUCAAUCAAUUGAUAACGGCCUAUCUUCUGAAAGUAGGCGAAUUGUAAACAAGGCAGCUUCUGAUACUUCUUUCAGUUUUACAGAGGGUCAGGGCAUUUUAUUCAUCCAGCCCUCGCAUGGUGAAAGCAAUCUUCCUCAGAUAAAGUUCGAUGAUAUUUGUCAACUGGAAUCCCAUUAGGAAGGGCUAUCUGUCGAUUAUCUUCAAUAGAUCUAGUCAGGUCAAUUCUGUACGAUCUCUCGUCCUUCUGAUUGGUACCUUUUCACUAUCAUUAUAUGAAAUUCUGGCUUGAUUUUCCAGCAAUGAAUAAUAUCUCAAACAAAAUGGUGUUUUUUUUGAAUGAAGGCUAGGAAAAAAAAGCAGAUAUCCCCUUGUCUCAACUUUGAGUUUUCUUCUUAAUCGCGUAUGCUCGGGUUGAUUUGAGGUCGAAUUUAGAGUAUUAAAACCUUCAGCAUUGGCGCAAACACCGUAUAUUGCCUAUAUAAUAUUUUUUGUACAAUAAAUCAUAUAUUAUGUAUUA